AUGCAUCUGCGCAGGAGAUGGAAAUUUAAAAAGAAUGACACCGAAGCACGAUAUUUUUUAGUCGGAACUGGCGCGAGUAUAAAGCCGGAGCUGCCUGCUCCCGGAACACGGAUACCGGAGCGAGCGUUCCGCCGCUGCCGCAUUCCUGCUUCUGUUGCCAGCGGAGGGGGAGACUGUACUGGCGAAGCGUGUAACCGUGAUUGCUUUCAGAUAGGAUAUGUGUGCCGCGGUACGAAGGAUUGUCCGGUGACGAAGUUCCAUCGCAAUCGCUGCCAGUACUGUCGGCUGCGGAAGUGCCUCACGAUGGGCAUGCGAAGCGAGUCGGUACAAGCGGAGAGGCGUCCGGUCGGCUCGGCGGCAGCGGCAGCGGCGUCAAGCAGCGAAGUGGCCGCGCCAACGAUGGUCGCAACAACAUCCUCGGCGUGCUGCUCACUGAGGCCGGAAAUCGUGCGGGUUCAUUCUUUCUUCAAAAAUCGCUUUUUAUCACUUACACUGCUUGAGGCUCCUCUUUUUGUCACUCCACUGCCGGUAUACGUGGCACAUGCGAGGGAGGGCAGGGAUGGGGAGGAGCUGAAGGCGAACGUCGGUUAUUUUUGCGAGCAGCAGGUGAUAGAAUUAUUGGAGCAGGAUGAAAAGUGGAUGACAAACAGAGCAAAAUCCGGGAACUGCGUGAAAGAGGGCACCAGCAAGGUAGCGCGGAAUACUGAAAUGUUGCAGAGUCCUCCAGUUGUUAAACAGGAAAGCGCUUUCAUGAAUGGCUUGUUGGCAAUUGUCAGGAACGAGGUGACAAAUGCUGAGAUCAAGCAGGAGGUGGAUGAGAAGAGGAGUUUCGACGCAGGCGAUGUGAUGAGCGGAAGUCCGAUGUCUUUGCUUCGGCAUACUUCAGUAAGCCCCGAGUCACAUCUGCAGUCCGUGGCAAACGAGCUACAUCACACAAGUAGUCCACUUCAGGAUAAAUUUGCCGGAGAGGAUGAACAGGGAGCAGUAACAACGAUUCUGCAUGCGCCUCUAUCUGCAUCGCCUUUUUCCAGCGGCGCCAGCUCGUCUUUGCUUGAGGAAGGCACUUUGCUAAAUUCUGAGCGAGCCAAAUUCGAUUUGCCUGUGCCGCAGCCAAUGCCUAGCGAACUGAACAUACAGUUUAUUUGCGAAACAGCGUCAAGGCUUCUGUUUCUCUCGGUGCACUGGAUAAAGAAUUUCAGAGCAAUCAACUCAAAUCCUGGGUGCCUCGAGCACUUGAUGAAAAUGAAGUGGUGUGAUCUCUUCAUACUUGGCUUGAUGCAGUGCUCCAAUCAAUUUUGUCUUUCAAAUAUGCUGGCUGCAAUGAGCACUCAUUUGAGCGCUUGCUCACGAAUCGGUCAGCUGAAAUUGGAGCGCUUUGAGGAGGUGAAUGAACAAAUAGGCUAUUUGUUCAAGCUGGUUCAGCGAUUCGAAGAACUGAAGCUCUCAUCGAUGGAAUAUGCAUAUCUGAAAUUAAUCUCUUUCACAGCAAAUGAUCUCCCCGGCUCUUCAACAGAAGCUGCUGUCCGGGCACUGCACGCUCAAGCAUUGCAGGAGCUUUACGAGCACAUUUUGUCAACCGGAGCAGCGAACUGUGAGGACAGCACGUCUGAAAAUGAUUAUGCUUCCGGAGCGGCGGCAGCUUCAACAAUGUACACUGCGAUUGAACGCUACAGUCACUUGCUACUGCUUCUGCCGACGAUGCGAUGGUUCAAGCAGACCAUCCUUGUUGAGCUGUUUUUCUCAGGUCUACUUGGCAGUCUAUCUAUUGAAACUGUUAUACCAUUCAUCCUCGCAAUGGACGUCCUGAACGUGUUCGAUGGUACAGCUGGGAGUGAAUCAUUGCCUGGUGCCCAGUCCCUUGUCAGUAUAUUUUGCAAAAAUGAUUGA